AUGACCAGGACGGACGGGAGUGGUGGCGGUUAUCUAAUUAUAUAUCUAUCCGAGCGGGCUGUCGUUAUUGUUGUUGUUGUUGCUUUCGGUUUCGAUUUUCGUGGGGUUUGUGCUCGUUUGUUCUCUGUAUAUAAGUUCGAAUCGGUAGCUGGUGGCCCCGCGUGUGAGAAACCACAAUACUCGCUUCACUACCGUCUUAUCCGCUCCUACCCUUUCAAGGAUGUUGAUAUCACGAGCCUCCGUCCCCGACAUUGA